GUCACAGCGGCGCGCUAUCUCGGCGGCGAAGCGGUGAGAGAAAAACGCCGACUCCAUUUCAGUCGCCCGGUCGACGGGCAGAGAUACUGUUGUCACUUACAGCCCUAGGAAGCCUGUUCGCUUCGGUUGACGGUUGCAAUGCUGCUGACGACGAGCGUGCGAGCGGCGUGCGCGCGGGCGGGGGCGGGGGCGGGGCGUGCGCGCAGCUCGGUGGCUGCCGCCACCGCCUCCGCCGCGGCGCCCUCCGACGCCGCCGACGCCCGCUCGGCCGACUGGGAGCGCGCCCGGCCCUUCCAGGACAUCCCGGGCCCCAAGCCCCUCCCGCUGCUGGGCAACACACCGCGCUUCCUGCCCGGCAUCGGCGAGUAUGGAAAAAAAGACAUGUUGGAACUUCAGAACAUGCUCCGUCGACAAUACGGUGACAUGGUACGAGUCAGCAAUGUCCUGGGAAGGAAAGAUAUGCUUUGGGUUUUUGAUCCUAAAAUAACAGAAAAAAUGUAUCGAAAUGAAGGCAAAUGGCCUAUUCGCGAAGGAAUAAAGACUAUACACUACUAUCGCACAGUACAGAGGAAAGAAAAGUUUGAGGGGGCUCUCGGGACAGUGUCUACACAAGGAAAAGAGUGGUAUGAUUUUCGGACUCAAGUAAAUCAGCCACUGAUGCAGAGAAAAUCUGCGAAUCAAUACUAUACUCCUGUGAAUGAUGUCGCAGAAGACUUCAUUGCUAGAAUGCGUGAUCUUCGAGAUGAAAAUAACGAGCUCCCAGCCGACUUUAUCAACGAGCUCUACAAAUGGUCCUUGGAAUCAAUCACAAUGGUGGCUUUGGACACGCGGAUAGGCUGUCUGGCUCCGAAUUUACCCAAGAACUCGGAGCCACAAGGCAUGAUCGACUCAGUUCAGGUGAUGUUAGAAGCUUUCUACAAACUGGAUCUCAAACCUUCCCUGUGGAGAAUCAUGAGCACCCCUAUGUGGCGGCGAUUCGUUGGCGCUAUGGAUUACCUGACAGAUGUUGCAGAGAAGUACAUCAAUGAAGCUAUUGCGAAUAAAAAGAAAAACCCUGACAGACCUCCCAGUAUCUUGGAAAAACUUAUGGAAAAAGAUCCAAAAGUAGCUCGAGUGAUGGCAUCUGAUAUGCUCAUUGGAGGAGUUGAUACGACGUCCCACUUGUCGGCGUCGCUGCUGUUCCACCUGGCGAAGAACCCGGAGGUGCAGCGGCGCCUGCGCGAGGAGAUGCGCCGGGUGCUGCCGUCGAAGACCACCGUCAUCACCGAGGACCUCACCAACGAGAUGCCCUACCUCAAGGCCUGCCUCAAGGAGUCCCUCAGGAUAUUUCCUAUAGCUAUGGGAAAUGUAAGGGAAACUCCAGCGGAUGUAGUCCUGGGAGAUUAUCAAGUUCCUAAGGGCACGGACGUGAUGAUGUGCCAUAUGGUGAUGAGCCGCGACGAGAAGAACUUCGCGCGGCCCAUGGAGUUCGUGCCCGAGCGCUGGGUGCGCGGCAGCCCCGAGGCGCACACCGCCUCGCCCUUCGCCACCAUGCCCUUCGGCUUCGGCCCGCGCAUGUGCAUCGGGCGGCGCUUCGCGGAGAUGGAGGUCUUCACACUCGUCGCCAAGGUUAUCCGCAACUUCUGGGUUGAAUAUCACUAUGGAGAUGAACUUCUGUUCGAAUCUAAAACUCUAAAUUCCAUUUCAAUGCCCCUAAAAUUCCGUCUUAUUGAUCAAGACUAAAAUCAGCGAAUUUAAUGUACAUAAAACAAGCAUUCUACAAUUAUACUGCCAUACUGUAUAUAUUGUUAAUAUUGUAUCAAUUUUUUCAUGAAAUAAUUCAACAGUUAUUUAUAACAUUAAAUAUUUAAAUAGGAGGAAUUGUUUUCAUUAUUAAAAAAUCCAAUAACCGA